GAUGCACUUGUACAUUUUCUAUUGGUUAACAGUACACAAAAUCUAGUGAUACCUUAUACGUGUAACAAUAGUUAAAUUUGAAAAGUUUGACAAAAUCCUCAAACUCCACUCCCAGUCUUCUACGAAGUUGCAUUAGAUUUCAAGCAAAUACUGAAGAUUAAAGUUAUUCUAAUAGUUCUUGCUUCGAAAACACAUAAAUUUUACACCUUUGCAAUACCCAGAUAGCACAACAUUUUGCAAACUUCGCAAAUUUGUGGCAAAUUGGUAAAUUUCCGCCUUGUGUAAAGUUUGCGGAACAAGCUUGCAGAAAACUUGCGUGGCAAGGGCAUAGAAUAACAUUAGGAAUAAGUUUCGACCACAUUAAUUUGAAUUGUGAAAAAAAAUUAUCGUUGAGCAAUCAUGAUCAGAAUAGCAAUUGUCUGCUUCCUAAUUUCAUACGUUAAUUGCCUUAAUUGCUCGAGUGAAAUUAAUGUAUCAGAAUUGCGAGAAGCUUUGAAAAAAAUUACCACACAUUUGAAAACGGAAGUUCAAUAUGAAGAUGGGGCACUUUUCAUAAGCAGUGCAAGAGCUGGAAAAAGUACACUAAUUAAUUACUUAUUAGGCAAUACUUUGAUUUCUUCCAAACGUUCUAAAUAUGAUUCAUUAAGCAUGAUCUUGCCGGAUAAAAACGUUAAAGGACCGGAAAUUGAUGCAGGGCCAGUAACAAAGACAACAAUUCUUUCAAGAUGGACUUCACCCAACUUAACAGAUUUGUCCCUCUGGGAUUCUCCAGGAUUUUCUAACGACAAAAAUAGAAUGGAUGAAAUCAUGAAAGCUUUAUCUAAUAUUCAAUUAAUGAAAAAUGUUAAGUCUCUUAAGUUUGUUCUAGUUAUCAACACACAAGACAUUUUAAACGAUUACUCUGUACCGUUUUUGAGUCUUUUAAAUGAUGUUGCAAAUUUUUUUGGAAAUAAGAUUCAAAACUUUCUUCCAAGCAUGUCAUUUAUUUUUUCAAGAGCACCUCACAUUUUAAAUCAAGCCCUAGUCGAUCGCGAUUUUAUUAAUUACUUAUUGCACAGUCGUUAUUUAAACAUAGACGAAUUACAAUUGCCCAGUCAGGUUAAAGAAAUCUUAAGUUACAUAACAAAGAAUAACAAUCAAAUUGGUCUUUUCAAAAAACUUAAUCGAGCCGGUGUGGUUACUUCUGAUUUCGAUGAUAAUAUUUCUGGGUCUAUAAAAACCGCCAGUAGCGUUAAUAAUACCAUUCUUCGCAAUAUACGUCCGUAUCUUUCUACAGAAACCAAGACUUGCCUGUAUGAAACCAAGGCUAAAUUGUUGUCACCCUCUGAAUUUAAUGACUCUGAACAGGAUGUAUUACAGGAAUUAACUGAAAAUCUGUUAAUUUUAUUAUCUGAGUCAGAAGCAGUAUGAAAACAAACGAAUAAGAAUUAAGAAACAUUCAAAACUUAUCUGUACGAGUAAAACGACUAAUAUAUAAUGCUGUGAAGAAUCCAAAAUAAUUCUGACAAAUAUUUACAAACUGUCCAAGAAAUUUUAGGAUUAGAUUUCAUAAGAGACUGUUUAUCAACUUUAAGAAGAAGAAGAAUUAAAACUUUCGAUUGGCAUCGUAUUUGUUA